AAAAUUCUAACAGUGACUUUAAAAUUUUGGAAGCGGGGCUAUCUUACUAAUGGGAUACAUAAUGGGAUUCAUUCUAUUUAUCACCCCCUCAUGCCCUCCAGGUUCUACUUAUAAAGUUUGUUGUUAUUAUUGUGACGGCAAAAUAGUUGAGUUGCAAAAGAAUAGUGGAGAAGUGCUCAAGGAAAAGGGAGACGCUCUCAUGGGAAUGGGAAGAUGGCAAAUGGUUUGGCUUUACCGCAAAGUAGGAAUAAAAGGAAGGCUUAGAAACAGAGGGAUAUAUAAUUCAAUCGCGACCCCACAUUUCCAACGGCUCAAAUCCAACGUCUCUCUCUUUUGCAGCUCCCUUACACCAAACUCUGAUACUACACAUAUGCACAGGACAGCAGCUUACUGUUUUAUUAUUAAUGAAACACUUAAUAGACAACAACAAUAACACCACAUCUACCCCAUUCCCUCUCUUUUCGUCUUCUCUAAGAUUUUUUUUUUCUUCCCCCACGAAGCUCCCAUCUUUUGUUUGUUUGCUCUACACUUCACAUAUUUAUUACUCCUAUUCUUUCUUAGCCACAUUCUCUCUCUUUCCUUUGCCAUUCAUUUUUCCAUGUGGGAAGUUCUAAUGUUUGGAAGUAUUUUGAUAAACUUAACAAGAUGAUGAAAGACGAGAAAUAAUCGGCGAGACGUGCGGUUUGUGCUAAUUGACCGUUUUUGACGUUUUAAUUACCCAAAAAAACAGCUUCUUUGGUCUUGCAUUCAAUUUAUUACUAGGAAUUUUUUGCAAAACUGUUAUUCUUGAAAAUGAAUUAUCGUUUUUUGUUAUUCUUGAAUGUUUCUAUGGUUAGUUAAUUUCUUCUUCUGCUUCAUUGAAAGACGAGACUCACAUUUCUUCAGUCAUUUUCAGUUUUUCAACCAGAUGGGUUGUUUCCAAUUUUUAAUAGGGGAACAUUGAUAUGUUCAAAGUUUUCUUCUUUUUGUCAACAAACAAUAAUAGCAACAUUCUUAAUUGAGCAAAAAGGGUCAGAAGAAAUGGCAUCUUCUCAGGUAGAAAUAGCCUCUUCUUCUUCUCCCUUUGGUCAUGUCCUCAGAGAUCGUAAUAGGCGUGAUCGUUGCAGCCACAGAGAUUCAACCAAUGCUGCUUUCCAAAAGAAUCUCAAAGAUUUGGUCCACACCCACAUCCAUUCUUGCAUUUCUACUAGUCAACCCACCCCCUCCUCUGUUGAUAGUCAUGGACCUGGUCAUGUUGACUAUGCUGAUUUAUGGGUUCACAAACCACAAUGGGAUAACAAUGAGAACAUCAAUUCCACUAAUAAUAAUAAAUGGGAAAAAGCUAGAGAAAUGGUGUUUUCUUCUAGGACGACGAAACAGAGAGAGGCGGACGCGGACGCGAAUGCUUCGUCGCCUCAAGGCAGUGCCGUGGAAGUUCCUAAUAAUGGUGGCGUUUCGACCCUUGUACGCCGUUGGAGGGAUUUUGAGACGGUUUCAAAGAGCGUGAAUUUGGGGAACAAUUCACCUCAGAAAGGUUGUGAUGAGACAUGUGAUGAAUCUUCGGUAGAUGGACGAUCUGAGACUCCGGCCAUGAGCGUGAAUGGCGAAUCAUCAGGAGAUUGGGAACCGUUUGAUAAAACCACGGUUGUGAAUGAAAGACAUUCAGAUAUUAAAGAAAGUGAAAAGCCAAGAGUUGCUGAUAUAAUUAGGAAAUUGGCGAGUAGUAAUGGUGAAGAGAAUCAUGAGAGUGAGCACAAUGGUAAUAGUGCUGCCCUUGCUUGUGGUGGUGAAUCGUUGCCUCGAAUCAAAACAUCAUUUGAUCAUUCAGAGCAAUUACAACAACAACAGAGGAACUUUUUCCCGGUUCUGCACUCGCCCCGUAUCAUCAGAGGUCGCCAGGCAUUGAGCGAUUUGCUAUUGCAAAUGGAGCGUGACAGAUACCGGGAACUAGAAAGUUUUAAGGAGCGUAAGGCCGUUUCCAAGUUCCAACAAAGAGGUCGUAUUCAGGCUUUGCUUAAAGUUAGAUUCCUGCGUCGUGGCACUGGCGCCAGAGAUGAUCGAUCAACCAAAGGCACAUCGUCCGAAUCAAAUAGAAUGUCUCAAUCUGCAAUCACGCAUAUCAGGAAAAGGUUCAAUACAGGAAGUCAGAAUGGUGUAGCUGAAUCAAGAAGCUUCUCAAGAGAAGCGGCUGAUAACACCCAGGAAAGCCGGAAUUCCACACUGAAUCAGCAAAGAGUACAGAGCUGCCAUAGAGAACUGGCUGAUAACAACGCUGUAAAAGUUGGAAGUGAAUUAGCAUCUUAUAAGCGGAGAGAAGCGAAUCAGCAGGAAAUGCAGCCUGGUGUAGCUGACUCAAGAAGCACCUCUAUAGCAGUGGAAAAUAACAGUCCAAAAUCAGAAUAUGCGUCCACAUCUGCACGAGAGAAUCAUUCACAAGAGCCUAGUGAGCCGAUAACUCUCUGCACAAAGGUGGUAGAUAACUCACAAGUUGGAAAAGUUUUGCCCUCCAAUCAACAGCGAGAAGAGAAACUAAGCCCCCGAAGGGUUACAACAAACGUGAAAGUUACAAGCUCAUCAAAUCCCCAGAAAGAAAUGCCAUUUCAUACCCGACAUUCAGACAGUUCUAUUAGUCCGAAUCAUAAUGAGGUAGACCGCAGUCAUCAAGCAGUUAGCCCCAAAUUACUACAUUGUACUUCACAACUACGGAGCUCAGAUAUUUCCCAUGACCAAGCUAGCUGGGGAAAUGCAAGCUGUGAAGCUAGCCAUGACAAGUCACUGGAAUGUUUAGAGACACCAAAACCUCCCAAGUAUAGUGAACAAAGUGUCCAUAGAGAAGAACAUGAUGCAAAUAACUUGCAGCAUGCAGGAACUAGUAAUGAGUGGUCCAGUGAGAGCACCAAACGUCAAAGUGACUGGGAAGAGGAAGCGACCAACCAGAAUCUAGUGGACAGUGAUUGUGGUUGGGUAAGUGAUUAUUCUCACACACCAAGUGGAUGGGAUGAACUACAGUCUAACUACGAGCAGCAGUCAGAAUCCAACCAAGACUGGGUAAGUGAUAUUUCACGUCCACGUAAAGAGUGGGAAGGUCUUAGACAAGCAAGAUACCAAGAGAUGCUUGAUCCUUUCCAAGACAAUAAUCAUGAUAUUCGCCAACUUCUUAACAGAAAAAGUGUUUCAAUCUUUCUUAAUAGCGGUUUGAGAGAGAAAAUAGAUCGACUAAUGGCAUCUCGCUCACAACAACUACCUAAUGCAAUGAGUGGCCAGCUUCAGGAAGAAGUAGGAGCACGUGUACCUAAAGAAAAGGAGAAGGAAGAGGAAGUGGUAUCACAUAAUGAAACACGAGGGGGAGAGGCCGAAGAUGAUGAGGAAGAAGAAGACUCGGGUUAUGAGGAUGACUUUGAAGAUGACAAUAGUCCAAUUAGACAACAUUACCUCGAACCUGAGGAAUUAGUUGAUCAGAAGAAAGCUUCACAUACUUUACAGUCAUGGAGCAAUAAUCAAGACCGGGGUGUCAGUGAUGACUCGUAUCACCUUCCAUCUAAUUCUUUACCACAAUCUCAAUCAUCCAAUAUUUACUCCCAUCACAAUCAACAAUGCUCCUCCUCCACUAUACACACUUCAAUUGAAAUGGAACUAAUAUAUGAAUUGCGAGGACAUAUGGAGCAACUCCACCAAGAGAUAUUUGAAAUACGAAGAUCGAUAAACAGCUGCGUGAACAUGCAAAUGAAAUUACAACAUUCCAUUAAGCAGGAGGUUGCAGCUGCAAUAACUCAGUCAGGUCCAAUGAUUGGGAGUAAUUCAGAUAAGAAGGGUGCAAACAGAGCAAAUUGUCGUAUUUGCUAUGAGGCGCAAGUUGAUUCUCUCCUGUACAGGUGUGGGCAUAUGUGCACCUGUUUCAGGUGUGCCCAUGAAUUGCUUUGGGGCACCGGAAAAUGUCCAAUAUGUGAAACCCCCAUAAUAGAUGUUGUCCGUGCAUAUAUACACUCGUGACGCACAGGUUAACCGGAUUUUGUUCUAGAAGACUGCUGAUUCCUAACUUUUUGUUCAAUGAGAGAUGAGCCAAAGGAUGAUUUUUUUCAUUUUCUUUUCCUUUUUUCUUUUUAAUUGAAUCUUGUCAGCCAUGGAUUUUUUUUUUAUGGCUAAUUUAUUGUCUAUAACAGGUUUAGAGAUAGUGGAUGAAUGCUCACUCUCCUCUGGUUUUCACUAACCAUCCUUUGUAUACAAUAGGAGAAAAGAAAAGAAAGUUCUUUCUAUGAUAUUAGUACUGUGUCUUUCAAAUUCUUUGUAUUAACAAUUCAAAUGAAAAUUGGAGAGUUCCUUA